AUGUUCCAGUGUACGCGCCAGGGUCAAAGUCCCCUUGAUUGGGGAAUCCACGGGGGCAUCACUCCCCAGACUGCAUCUAUCUCUCGGCCCUACCAUAAUAAUAAUAAUAAUAAUAAUAAUAAUAAUAAUAAUAAUAAUAAUAAUAAUAAUAAUAAUAAUAAUAAUAAUAAUAAUAAUAAUAAUAAUAAUAAUAAUAAUAAUAAUAAUAAUAAUAAUAAUAAUAAUAAUAAUAAUAAUAAUAAUAAUAAUAAUUAUUAUUAUUAUAAUAAUAAUAAUAAUAAUAAUAACAAUAAUAAUAAUAAUAAUAAUAAUAAUAAUAAUAAUAAUAAUAAUAAUAAUAAUAAUAAUAAUAAUAAUAAUAAUAAUAAUAAUAAUAAUAAUAAUAAUAAUAAUAAUAAUAAUAAUAAUAAUAAUAAUAAUAAUAAUAAUAAUAAUAAUAAUAAUAAUAAUAAUAAUAAUAAUAAUAAUAAUAAUAAUAAUAAUAAUAAUAAUAAUAAUAAUAAUAAUAAUAAUAAUAAUAAUAAUAAUAAUAAUAAUAAUAAUAAUAAUAAUAAUAAUAAUAAUAAUAAUAAUAAUAAUAAUAAUAAUAAUAAUAAUAAUAAUAAUAAUAAUAAUAAUAAUAAUAAUAAUAAUAAUAAUAAUAAUAAUAAUAAUAAUAAUAAUAAUAAUAAUAAUAAUAAUAAUAAUAAUAAUAAUAAUAAUAAUAAUAAUAAUAAUAAUAAUAAUAAUAAUAAUAAUAAUAAUAAUAAUAAUAAUAAUAAUAAUAAUAAUAAUAAUAAUAAUAAUAAUAAUAAUAAUAAUAAUAAUAAUAAUAAUAAUAAUAAUAAUAAUAAUAAUAAUAAUAAUAAUAAUAAUAAUAAUAAUAAUAAUAAUAAUAAUAAUAAU